AGGCUGGGAGUUUGGUUGGAGCCGUCAGCGGGACGGGACAAGGCGCACGACGAGGGGAAACGAAGAACAGACCGACUGUUAACUUCUGGCUUCUAAACGGCGGAACGCAGGACAGGACAUUUGACGUAGUCAGAUUUACGGGAAAAUAGCAUUUGUUGCAUUUAGAGGAAACGGGUCUGAGCGGCGCGGAUGACAAAGAAGCGUCUCCGUGCAAACUUUCUCAACCGGGUUUGAUCGCUCGUAAAACCCAACCGGGGAUUCAGUUUUUUUCCUGUUUUAACGGAGGCGUAAAGAAGAGGACAACAUGCCACGGCGCACAGUGCAAGAAGUAAUAGUGCAAGAUGUCCAGAAACGAAGAAAUCCGAACAAACAUUACGUUUACAUCAUCAAAGUGUCCUGGAGUGAUGGCAGUACAGAAAGCAUUUUCAGACGCUACAGCAAGUUCUUUGACCUCCAGAUGGAAUUGCUGGACAAAUUCCCAGUGGAAGGAGGCCAGAAAGACCCUAAGCGCAGGAUCAUUCCUUUCCUACCAGGGAAGAUCCUUUUUAGGAGGAGCCAUAUCAGAGAUGUGGCCAUGAAACGGCUAAGGCCCAUCAACGAAUACUGCAGGGCCCUCAUUCAGCUGCCAGUCUACAUCUCCCAGUGCGAGGAAGUCCGAGUGUUUUUUGAGACCAGACCUGAGGACCUCAACCCACCAAAGGAGGAACCCAUUGGAAAGAAGAAAUCAGGGGUUGUGGAGAGAGCGACUACUUUCCUAAAGCGAGGAGAUUCCACCUCAGCAGACCCUCUCUUCCUCGACCAGUAUGUGGCAGUAACAGACUAUGAGAAGCAGGAGAGCUCCGAGGUCAGCCUGCAUGUGGGUCAGGUGGUGGAGGUCAUUGAGAAAAAUGAAUCUGGGUGGUGGUUUGUUAGCUCAGAUGAUGCCCAGGGCUGGGUCCCUGCCACCUGCCUUGAGGCUCAGGAUGACCCUGAUGACUUCUCUCUUCCAGGGGAAGAAGUGCCUCGGAGAUUCUGGUCACUGCCAAGGCACUUUGGUCGUCGAAGAACUUUAGGGGAUCUAUUCAGCACAGGCUUUGGGCAAGAAGAGAAGUAUUCAGUGAUUUACCAAUACUCGGCCAGGGACGAGGAUGAGAUCGACCUUGAGAGGGGCAUGAUUGUAGAGGUGAUUCAGAAGAACCUGGAGGGCUGGUGGAAGAUCAGGUACCAGGGCUGUGAGGGCUGGGCCCCAGCCUCCUACCUGAAGAAGACUGAUAUCCAAGGCCAGAAGCAGUCAGCAGGUGCUGCUGCUCAUGCCAGCACCAAUGAUCUAGAUGGGUUCUCUAAACAGAACCAGCAAAACAAUGCAGCCAAAGAGAACCGAGACAACAGCCAAAAAGAAAACAGACUCUCGUUUUUUUCUGACAACAAAAAAGCGGGAUUAAGACAUAGACCUCCACCACGCAGAGAUCUUACCAUUCCACGUGGUACAAACCUACCAAAGCCGCCGAUUCCUCCUCAAGUUGAGGAGGAGUUCUACACCAUAUCAGACUUCCAGACCACCAUCCCCGAUGGUAUUAGCUUCCAAGCCGGAGUCAAAGUUGAGGUGAUUGAGAAGAAUAACGGUGGUUGGUGGUACAUCCAAAUAGAUGACAAAGAGGGAUGGGCCCCCGCCACCUUUAUUGACAAGUACAAGAAGACCAGUAAUGCCCUGCGACCUAAUUUCCUUGCCCCUCUGCCCAAUGAAAUGGAGAAGCUGAGACUGGAAGAUGGUGGACCUUCAAAUGUUUCAGGGACAGAUGACAGCUGGUCCAAACCUUUACCAGAUGAGCCAAACCCAGCCCUCGACUCCUGUGCCCGGCCUAAACUGAGAGAUUGGAAGUCCAGUGCCAACAAGGGGCCCCCCACUAUCACUGGGCCUCUACCUCCAGCUCCAGCAGCUCCUCCAGGUGAGGAGAAACCAGCUCUUCCACCUCGAAGGGAGUCCAUUAAUAAGAGCUUUGAAUUGGAGGCAUCUGAGAAACCAAGGGCUGAUCAUUCCAAACCUUUGCCUCCAAAACCCCCGAUUCCUGGCGUCAUCAUGCCACUGGUUACACCCAAAGCAGCCCCCUUCAAACAGGACAAACCACCAGAGACCAAGAAAGAAGAUAAGAGCAAAGCUCUUCACCUUCGGAAUGAGAUGGGUCUUGAAUGUGGCCACAAGAUCUCUGCCAAAGAGGUGAAGAAGUUUAAUCUGAAACCCGUACCUAAACAGCCACCAAAACCCAAAUCAGAAGCGCAAGAGGAGAAACCAGAAGCAGCUGGCCCAGCAGUGUUUAUGAAGCCAAAGCCAGUGAUCCGUCCUAAACCUGUUCCAGCUGCCAAGCCAGAUCCUCCGGCAGAGAACAAACUAGACAUCACCAACCUGAGAAGCAAGCUGAGGCCCCCAAAACCUGCAGAUCCAAGCUCUGUGUCAGCUGAGGUGAACCAUCAGAAUGACACCUCAGCAGCAGUAAAUAGUUCCCACCCCAGUGCACCCCCUAGCUCUCCCCCCAUCCAUAUCCCUACUCUCAACAAUGGUAAGCACUGCAACGAGCCAAAACUCCCCCCAAAACCUAUUAAUGGUCAUAGCCAGGAGAGCUCAUCACCUCCUGCAAAACCAGCAGUGCCUCCCCACAAAGAACCCCCACAGAGACCCCCCACCAUGGCUCCAAGGAGACCUCCUCCUCCAAAGAAGACCGUUCCAUCCAGCCCGACAGAGCUCAAACCUCCAUCUGCUCUAAAAGAUAUCCUGGACAUUUCCAAGGGCCCACCAACCCAACUCAGCAGACCCCCUCCCCCUAAACCCAAAGGGUUUGUUCAGGCACCUGCAAACAAAGAGAAAGAAGAGCCCAAAAUGAAUAAAGUCCCAGUUCCUCCCAAGCCCCAGUUGAAGCCCUGCCCGCCCAAGGACAAGCUUCCACCUCUACUCAUGGAGCACAGUAAGGAUGAUCUGUAUUUAGCUGUGGCGGACUUUGAAGGGGAGGACCAAACAUCCAGCUUCAAAGUGGGCACGGUGUUUGAGGUAAUGGAAAAAAACAGCAGCGGCUGGUGGUUCUGUAAGAAUGUAGGACAAGAAGCUGAGAGCUGGAUCCCCUCAAAUUACCUGAGCAAGAAACCUUAGAGUGAAUGUUUCACCUUAUGAAAAAAUAAACAAACUAAUGGUUUAAAUGAACAAAAUAUCACUACUUUGUAGCUAAUUAGCAUUUUUUUAUUUAAAAGGUACCUUUUUUUUUUUAUAGUGACACAUUUUUGUUAUGUUGCAUUUUGAUAAGAAUAUUCUACCUAAACCAAACCAGCAAUAACACAAGAGCUUGUUGGGUAUUGUGAUGUUUACGUUUUUGUUUUGUUUUUAUCUCAAUUUAACAUUAAGUGCUUUCGUUUCGUUGCCAUAUGCUAGUCGCAGCUUGUGUCAGUUGUUCCAUAACUUAAGCUAGUCGUUAAAACAACCAUAACUGUAUCUCCACCCAUGCCUUCUUUGAUACGGUGCCUCUAUAUUAUAUGCAAAGUGCUAAUGUGCUUAUUAUACUGUAUGCAACUGUAGAUAUAGUCCUUGUUGGAAUCAUCUCCACAUCCCAGGACAAAACACGAGAUGUUCAAAUCCAGCAGUAGACAAAGACUGCACAUGAACUCACAGGGGGAGUUCAAUGACUACAUCUGGGCGUUAAAGUGCUAUUAGCAAUUACUAGAGAUGUCUGUGCCAAGUAGAAGUGUUUGUUAUACGAGAGACAUGCAUAUUAGUUUUUGUGUUAUUGUAAUGGUUUUCUUCGUCGACUGCAUAAUUAAUGUUGUGCACUUUUUCCGUCGUUUCAUUUGAGAUCAUUUUAAGGUUUGCACAUGCUGAAGGAAGGAGAAGAAUGCCACAGUGCAUUUUAUUUCUUUGUUUUACAUUUUAUCAGCUAUGUUUUUUUAUACUAAUUAUCCACCAAUGUUAAGAUGAGCCUGGAACAUCCAAACUGACUGACGAGAAGUAUUUUAACAUUAUCAUGUUACACCCAAAAAUAAUAAGUGAAAUGUGACUUGCAGAGCACGUCUGCAUAUCGGUACCAGAUGUCUGACCUAAGAAAUAAGAAAUUGAUGAUCUACAGUGAUUUGUGCAAUGACGUACAGUAUAUGUACAGUCUAUUCUAAACCGAAGUUUGGUGCUUAAAUAACUGCAAAGUAUGACCAUUGUAAAAGAUAUUAUGUUUUACAUUGGUGCUUGACUGGUCUCAAGCAUGGUCAGUAUAGCAAAUAAUUUUUUUUUAUUGUACAGAAAUGAGAGGCAUAUCUUUGCUGUUGUCACUUUUUCUUUGAUGGUCCAUUUGUCAGGUAUUUUACACUGUACUGAUGAGGGUAUUAGAGGAACAAAGAGCCAAGAAUUACUUUGGUUGGUUGGUUAAUGGGAUCUGCUAGUUGGGGGUAAUACAGAGGGUUGUGUUGUUUUUGUUUCUUUUUCUUUCAAGAGAUGAAAAAAAAAAAAAGUUAAGUCACUUGUGUUCGCUUUACUAAAUGAAAAAGCAACAUUGGGAAAAAAAAUGCACAUCCAUGCUCUCUAAACAAUCAGACAAGGCUACAAGCUGUAACACUGCUUCUAGUUGCUAUGUUAUUCCACCUUCCACCCAUGUUUCAUACAAAAGAGAUGGUAUGCUACCAACUAGGAAGAAGAAGAAAUUGUAUUGUUGAGGAUUAUUUUAUGAGGACAAAAGGCAGGAAGGUUCAGUACAGUGUAAGGCAAAUGUAUGGGUUGAUGGUGUCAUUUCAAUAUUGUAGUUUUAUUUACUUUUUUACUCUGUAUUUUUCAUUACAUUGAAUCCUUAAGUCAAUAAAAGUUUCUCAUUUUUCAGUA